AUGUAUGGGCUCUACGACAGGCAGAUCAGGCUUUUUGGGCAGCAGACACAGGCCUUGAUAGAAAAGGCACAUGUGUGCAUACUUCAGGCACAUUUAGGCCAUGAUCAGCAAGAACACCGAGACACAGACAUCGGAGGAGAAAUCCUCAAGAACCUUGCGCUUCUUGGUGUGCCCAGGAUAUCUGCAAGUAAAUGUGUUAUUGAGUCGUUCAAAAGAAUGUUUCAUGGCAGUAUCAAAGACAUAAACCCAGAAAUAGAGAUAAAUGAAACAGACACGAUCGAUAUACAGCAUAGCCACACGCUUAUCAUAUUUAUUAAUGGCUGGAACGAGUAUGAGUCUCAGGGUAUUUAUGCAUGCUCAAAAUGCAUGUCAUUUCACAGCACUCAAAAGCAGCACUCGUGCUCGGAGACAUCUACAUGCAUUUCAUUUGCAAACGACUGUCUUCUUGGCGCAAUCAUUGUCCAAGAGUGGAUAAAGAAACUCCAAGGCAAGCCUUAUGCUGAGUGCUAUAAACUCUGUCUUUAG